ACCCGGAAGUGGGCCGAGUCUGUGCAGGGAGACCGACUGGAGUGCGACGUCGCGGGGCCGUGUUUACUCGCUCAGCUCCUCGACUUUCCUCCACAUUUCCGCAGCAGCAUCCGCCUCUCAUGCAUGCUCGCCUCUCCCUGUGAACCCAGUAGGCUCUUAGUCUUGCGAUCCGACCGCCCUGAACGCCGCGGCCAUGACCUCCCUGGCGCAGAGGAGCUCCGGCCUGGUGCAGCGCAGGACCGAGGCCACCCGCAGCGCCGCCCACGAACGGGAGCGCGAGUCCGGCGACGAGGACGCCGAGGCCCGGCGCGGCGAGGAGGAGGACGACGACCAGGCGAAGGAGACCCGGCUGACCCUCAUGGAGGAGGUGCUGCUCCUGGGCCUCAAGGACCGAGAGGGAUACACGUCUUUCUGGAACGACUGCAUCUCUUCCGGGCUGCGCGGCUGCAUGCUGGUGGAGCUGGCGCUGCGGGGCCGGCUGCAGCUGGAGCCCUGCGGGGCCCGCAGGAAGAGCCUGCUGGCCAGGAAGGUCAUCUGCAAGUCUGAUGCUCCAACUGGAGAUGUGCUCCUGGAUGAGGCGUUGAAGCACAUUAAAGAAACCCAGCCUCCGGAGACGGUCCAGAGCUGGAUAGAGCUACUGAGUGGAGAGACCUGGAAUCCGCUGAAACUCCACUACCAGCUGAGAAAUGUCAGAGAACGUUUAGCGAAAAACUUGGUGGAGAAAGGUGUCCUCACCACAGAGAAACAGAACUUUCUGCUUUUUGACAUGACCACACACCCGCUCACCAACAACACUAUUAAGCAGCGCCUUAUCAAAAAAGUCCAGGACUCUGUUUUGGAGAAGUGGGUCAAUGAUCCCCAUCGCAUGGACAAGCGAGUUCUGGCCCUGAUUCUUCUGGCUCACUCAUCUGACGUUCUUGAGAACGCUUUCGCCCCACUCCAAGACGAGCAGUACGACCUGGGCAUGAAGAGAGUCCACACUCUGCUCGAGCUGGAGCCCGAGAAGGAAUCCACGAAGCCCAACGUCAACGAACUAAUGUGGGCUGUGGUGGCUGCGUUUACAAAAUGAAAAAACAACGGAUCAGUUGGAUUGAAACAUCUGGCUAUGGGGCCGUUUCAUUUAAUUAGUUGAAGGACUCAAUGAAACAGACUUCACUUUAAUGAGACAAUCUUUUCUGGUUGAGGAGCCUGUUUAUACAUCUAUUCUGGAUAACAUUUUGGUGGUAGUCCAUGUUAACACAGUGCAGUCUGAUCGGUGGUGGGCUUCACCAAGUAACGGUUGAUUGAAUGAUCUUUGAAUAUAAAGCGACGGGCUUCCACGCAAAUGAGGUAAGUUGUGUGCCACUGCAAAGUUUAGUAUGUUUAAAAAAAAAAAAACAACAAAAACACUACAAACAGGUGGAUUUCUAUCAAAGCAAGAUGAGAUCAGAGAACGCAGCACGUGGCAACGUGAACAUGGUGAAUAUGAAGAUAAUGACGGGCUGAGUAGCGCUUGUACAAAACAAACAUCCACCUCUCCAUCUCUUCAACAUCUGUCCAGAAUCUGAAAACUGGUCUCUCUCACACGUGCUAAUGCAAGGAUUAAAAAAAAAAUAAAAAAAUUAUAAUAAUAAUAGCAAAUCGCACAGCUAUUGAUGCUCUUUGCACUUGUGCAGGUCUUCUGCCUCCUCCCACUCGCUCGUCCCCACUUCUGUUGGGACUACAUGCUUUUACAGCUACUGUUAGAACAGACUUCCUGAAUGUUUCCCUCAUUCACUCUUGUCUUUAAAACUCCUUUCUUCCCUUCUUCCUCAUUGCAUUUUGAGGAGGAAAGGGGGGGGGAUAAAGAUUUCAGAUCAGUUCCUGCUCUAGUAAAAGUAAGCCUGGGUAAUUCGGCCCUCGUAGACUUUGACCUAAAUGAAGAAUAAAUUCUUGAGUCCAACAAAACUCUUUAGUUUGCUGUUCUGAAGAGGGUCCAUUCUGUGUUUUUUUUCUAGGAUGUGGCUAGUCUUCCAUUGCUAUUUAUGUUGCUAGUUGGUGCUUGUAGUAGCCUCCCAUUUAUCAACUAUUUUGCACAAUUAGUAGCCCUAUAGGUUCAACGGCAUUUAUAGGUAUUUCCUUGGGUUUGCGUAACUCACCGGUGUUUGCAAAAUUAUAAACCUUAGCAAUUAUGGUGAGAGAGAAAAAAGACCUCACUUAUUUUGUCUAAUACCUACUUAGCUCUGUGGAUACUUUUAAAAUCAAUAUGUUUUUGGACAACUUAAAAAGGCUUUUGAUGACAUUCUAAGUGUGAAUUAAUAUGUAAAGAUGAAGGCAAAAUGAUCUCAGAUUUGAGUCGGUGACCACCUUAAACAAGAGUAACCAAGAUCGUACUUGCUUUCCUACACAGGUGUGCUGAUAAUGUUUAUGAGCUAAAAAGGCCAGUUUCCAUUCAGUAAAAGAUGGUCAUUCCACAUAGAUUUUUUGUUGUUUUUUUUGUUGUCGUUUUUUUUUUUUUUUUUUUUUCAAACACAUUUUUAAACUUGACAUUGAUGGUUUCUAGCUGCUGUUUAUAUUCGAUUUUCCGAUGUGUUUCUCUAUAUUAAUACAAUGAAGGUGAUUUGAAUUUCCAUUUUAGAUCAUCAGCUUUAUAAAAUUCAAAGGCAACAUGUCACACAUUAGUUUCCCAGUGACUAGUUUGACUGUAAACUGUUACCUUUCUGCUGUACAGCCAGUGGUAAGUGAGGAAAUGGUUGAGCUGACCCUUGAAGCAUCUGUGUAAAAAGCCAUCGUGGACAUGGGGUAUUGUUGGGGUCACGCUGGUAGUGCGGCCGUCUCACAGCAAGAAGGUCCUGGGUUCAAUCCCCGCCGGGGAAGGGCCUUUCUGUGUGGAGUUUGCAUGUUCUCCCCGUGUUUCCUUGGGUAGCUAAUGUGAGCUACCCUCACAAAAACAUGCAGCAGUCCUGGGCUAUACAUGCCCCCUCUGGCCAGCCGGGGCACCAGAUGGGGUGGGGAGGAUCCGGCUGGAAUAACGUGAUCCUUCCACACGCUACGUCCGGCCCGAGGAGCCCCACCUUGUCUGGUGCCUCCUCAAGGAAGGAGUGAACCAGCUCCCCUCUACCAACCCCAAUGCCCAGGACUGUCACUUAGGAGCACUGGGUGAUACAAUGGGGGGAAAAAAGAAAGAAAAAGACAUAGGGUAUUGGUUUAUGAAUCCAUAUUGGCCCAAAUGAAUCCAGAUAAAAACAUGCAGUAGAUUGAACAAUAACUCAUUUCAGAUAUGAUUUUGUUCAGGUAAGCUUCAAUUUUGCUUUAAAAUUAUGAUUACAAAUGUUCUGUUCUAGUUCAUAUAAUCUUUGGAUGUUGUAAAACCAUUUGUUCAAUGGAAUAUUUUUUUUUUAUUUUUUUUAACGUGAACUACCAUCGGAUAUCAACUGUUCAGAUCCAUUCACAGCAAAGAGAUGGUGCAUGCUAUUGGUGGAGGGCCAGGGUACUUGGGGAUGUAGCUACAAAGAAGAGGCUUGUAUGUAAUUAUUAGUCCUUUUAUGUGUAUGAUCUAACGGAUUACAAUGAAAGGGAUCAUCUCUCCUAUCCUCUCUAAUUCUGUAUGCUUUUUGUAUUACCACACAAAAUAAAGUAAGGAUCCUUUAAGUGCCUGAAUUUA